UUUAUCCCCAAAUCUUACAAUUCGAGCAGAAAUUCGUUCCUUCUUUUUCCUCAGAUCUUCAGAUUUCGGAUUUUUUAAAUUUUGAUAAAAAUGGCAACCGCCGAUCAUCACAAGUUCCACGUUCUUGCCGUCGACGACAGCGUCGUUGACCGGAAGCUGAUCGAGAGGCUGGUGAAGGCGGCUUUCUCCGGCGACGAGGUGACCGUGACGGUGGUGGAUUCCGGGGCGAAGGCCCUCCGGGUGGUGGAGGAAGCGGAAGUGAAUCUGAUCAUCACCGAUUACACCAUGCCCGGAAUGACCGGCUACGAUCUGCUCCGGGAGAUCAAGGGCUGCUCCACCUUCAAACACAUCCCCGUCGUGGUGGUAUCAUCGGAGGAUAUCCCGUCGAGAAUUCGAAGCUGCCUUUCCGAGGGCGCCGAGGAGUUCUGCCUAAAACCCGUCCGGCUGGCCGACGUCAAGCCACAUCUCUUGAACGCCGCCUGCAGAGGAAAGCCGGCGGCCGUACUGACUCCCGCAGUUUGCGGGACCGUUUGAGUCAUUCAGAUCUGAGUAUUUUUAGUGUGUAUAUGUUGAAAUACGAGUUUAAGAGUACAAUUUUCGCUCUGUAUGUGGCGCAUAAAACGUCCAUUUGUGG